UUAUUUUUCCCUUCAUUUUCAUGAAUAAGAGAAUGGUUAUUUUCUUCUUCAAGCCCCUGCCUCCACCUUUGUACAUCAUUAAGAGCAUUGCAUUUUCUCUCCUUUCCUUGUAGUUUCUGCCACCUCUGUUCACCACUUAGAGGACUGGCCGUUAAAGUAUGGCUUGAGUUGACAGUGGCGGGAGCCGAUGUUGAAAGUAAGAAAAUAGUCACCAGUAAACAUUGUCAUGUAGUUUUUGUUGGACGGAGUACAACUUGUACUUGUAUCCUAUGCUGGGAUUCUUGAUUUCCAUGUAAGUUUAAAUUGGUAGAAUAUUUCCUAACCAUGUUUUUCGGAGAAGAAGAGGCUUCCAAGCGAGCUAGCUAUAUUUGAUAUUUUGGUUUCUUUGUUUAAUAAAUACAAAUUGUUGUAUGGAAGAAAUUCACCAAUUGUAACUAUGGCUACUUCUUCUGCAUCUUCAAGAAAUAGAGGUCAAUUUGAUGAUUAUGAUCAAUUUAUGGGUAGUAGUGCUAGAGCUCAAAUGGGAAAAUCACAAUUAGAUAUGUACUUUGAUAAAGCCCCUCUUGAUUAUAACUCGGAAUUAGAUGUUUUGGAGUUUUGGAAUCAAACAUCAGUGGGGGUAUCUUGUUCUUGCAAAGCUAGCUCCAGACUUACUGACCAUUCUCGUGAGUAUCGUGGCUUCUAAAUCAGCCUUUAGCCUAUGUGGAAAGAUGAUUUCUACUACUUGUAGUUUCUUGAAGUCAAAGAUAGUGCAAGCCUUAGUGUGUCUUCAAGAUUGGCGACAAGCUGAUAGGAAAAGACUUGUAAAUAACCAUUUUGAGAUGACGGAAGAUGAGGAAGAAGAUAAUCAGGACCCAUUUUUUAGUUGAGAUAAUUGUUGAAAUUUGAGGAUAUUUCGGGUUUUUCAAAGUUUUUUCUAUAAUUUACCUCAUUUUAUCUUGCAUGUGUUGGACAUCAAUGUAAAUGAUUUUUCCAAAAUAGAAGGUCUAUUAAUGAUCUAGUUUUGGAUGUUCCAAUUCAGAGCUUAUAACUGCCGAUCAAAUGACAAAGAAUUUUGUUAUUUUGUUUAUACUCUCUCCCUUUAGUGUAAUCAAUAUUCAGAUGCAAAAUGAACAUGUUCAAACACAAUGAAAUUAUUUCCCAAGAGACAAAUUGGAUUUACACUAGAUAUAGAUGAUCAUGAAUAAUUUCAAUGUUUGACAUCGUCAUUUGUUGUUGUUGCUUUGUAAUUGUAAUGAAAUUAUUUCCAAAGAGACAAUGAAUUGAUCCAUGAUCUAUUACAACAUUGAUAAUAAAGCCUACUAAUGACUCUUAUAAUAAAUAUUUGACCACCGAUGACUCGUUUCUCUACUUGCAUGAACCACAAUCCGACCACAAUCCGUCCACAACCCGCAACUACAAUUAUCAACCCACAUUUGAAACACCCCACACUUGACCCGUCCCAACCAGCCAAACCUUUCAGUUAACUAACUUUAAUUCUCGUUAUUUAAUAUGUCCCUCAUUCCAACAUACUUACAACGUUUGACUUUUCAUGCAAUUCAAUACGCUAAUUCAACUCUUAAUAUCUGUCAUUAUAAGUAUAAUAAAAGAUUAUCAAAAAUUUAAUGUUUAUAAUCUUAACUUUGAAAAAAUCAAACAAGAUCAAAUUUUUUUUUAAUGUUUUAAACUUAUAAAUUAUAAAUUAUAAAUUAUAAAUUAUAAAUAAGUAGUUUAAUAUUUCUAACAUUACAAAUAAUUUACAUCAUGGGAUGCAUAGAUCAUCAAACCAACCAUAAUUUCAAAUUUUUUUGAACAUAUCAAAACCCUCAUCCCAUGAACAAAACCCUAAUACUGAAUCUCAUCAAUCUUUUCAAUUUAUUGAUUCAGAAAAUACAAUGACCACAAAUCCCACACCCAAGAACCCUCCUUCUACACCACCUCCACCACUACCUCUCGCCACCGCAGAUUCCGCCGUAAAUAUCGCCAACAAUGCAACCUCCGACGACGUUUCAACCCCGUCAAACCCACUUUCACCUCCUCAACCAUACGACGAUACAACAACCACAACAUCCGAAAUCCCCAUUAUGGCAAAACGACGUCGUAAACGUAAACACUAUCACGGCAAAAUCUCUAUGGUUCUUCGUCCUCAUUCAUCUCGGUGUUCCGCUCUUCUGGACCCACUUUCUUUCCCUCUUCCUCGUCGCCGUCGCCGCAUUUCCGACGUUUCUAAAGAUCCGCCUUCUCUUGACGUCGAUGCGCUUAUUGCAAUUUCCGUCGGCUUUCCAAUUGAUUCUCUUACCGAAGAGGAAAUCGACGCUUCGGUAAUACCCACAAUUGGAAACUCGGAGCAAUCGCAUUAUAUUAGUGUUAGAAAUCAUAUAUUAUCUAAAUGGCGGUCUAAUGUUUCAUCCCUAAUUACCCGUGAUCAAGUGAUGGAGAGUACUCGGGCUGAGUACCGGCAUUUGGUUGAUGGGGCACUAAAUUUUCUUGCUAAUCAUGGGUAUGUUAAUUUUGGACUUGCUCCUGAGAUAAAAGAGAAGCAACAAAAGGAUAUCAAGGGUGAUGAUGGGGCUAAUGUUGUUGUCGUUGGUGCCGGGUUGGCAGGGCUUUGUGCUGCCCGUCAGUUACGAUCUAUGGGUUUCAAAGUUGUGAUUGUCGAAGGUAGGGGACGGCCUGGUGGGAGGGUUCGGACUCGGAAGAUGAGUGGGGAUGGUGGGGAGAUUGUGGGCGCGGCUGAUUUGGGAGGGAGUGUAUUGACUGGAAUUAAUGGCAAUCCUCUUGGGGUGUUGGCGAGACAGCUCGGGUUUCCGCUUCAUAAGGUAAGGGAUGUUUGCCCGCUAUAUUUGCCUGAUGGAAAAGCUGUUGAUUCUGAUAUUGAUUCUAGAGUUGAAACUGCUUUUAAUAAGUUGUUAGAUAGGGUUUGUAAACUUAGGCAGGUUAUGAUGGAGGAAAUGAAAUGUGUAGAUGUUUCGUUAGGUACUGCAUUAGAGGCAUUUAGGAAGGUUUUUAAUGUAGGUGAUGAUCCUCAAGAGAAAAUGUUAUUGAAUUGGCAUUUAGCUAACUUAGAGUAUGCUAAUGCUUCUUUAUUGUCACAUUUGUCGAUGGCGUUUUGGGAUCAGGAUGACCCUUAUGAGAUGGGUGGAGAUCAUUGUUUUAUUCCAGGUGGGAAUGAGAGGUUUAUUCGAGCAUUAGCGGAAGAUUUGCCCAUCUUUUAUAAUCGCGUGGUGGAGAGUAUCCGGUAUGGGGAUGAUGGGGUUUUGGUUUAUGCAGGUGGACAGGAGUUUCGGGCAGAUAUGGUUCUCUGUACUGUGCCGUUGGGUGUUUUGAAGAGGGGUGAUAUUGAAUUUGUGCCUCCCUUACCUAAGAAGAAGAGGGAUGCAAUUGAUAGAUUAGGGUUUGGGUUGUUAAAUAAGGUUGCAAUGUUGUUUCCGUAUAAUUUUUGGGGUGGUGAACUGGAUACUUUUGGGCAUUUGUCGGAGGACCCAUCUAGGAGGGGAGAGUUUUUUUUGUUUUACAGCUAUUCCUCUGUUUCAGGGGGACCGCUACUGGUAGCACUAGUAGCAGGCGAGGCGGCUAUUGAAUUUGAGAAGUCGUCUCCUGUGAAAUCAGUGGAGAGGGUGAUGGAAAUUUUGAGGGGGAUAUUCCACCCGAAAGGAGUGGAUGUUCCAGACCCUGUUCAGGCUGUAUGCACUCGUUGGGGUCAAGACCGAUUCACGUAUGGAUCUUACUCGUAUGUUGCAAGUGGAUCAUCCGGUGAUGAUUAUGACAUUUUGGCAGAAAGCAUCGGGAAUGGUAGGGUCUUCUUUGCCGGAGAGGCAACCAACAGGCAGUAUCCUGCUACUAUGCACGGUGCUUUUCUAAGCGGGAUGAGGGAGGCUGCCAACAUCCUUAAGGCAGCAAAGAGGAGGUCACUCGUUCCAGCUAAUAACACAGAAAGUAAUCGAGAGGCUCUCGAGGAUUUGAGUCAGUUAUUCAUGAAACCUGACUUGCAAUUUGGGAGCUUUUCGAUUCUAUUCGAUCCAAGUUCAGAUGAUCCGGAAUCUCAUUCCUUGUUAAGGGUUGAGUUUCGUGGUGAAAAGCUUGAAAAUGGUGCCCUGUAUUUGUACGGUCUGCUUUCAAGAGGGCGUGCCUGUGAGCUGAGCAAGGUAGAGAGCGAUGUGGAUAGAUUAAGGAAAUUAAAUGAGACAUUUGGUGUUGGGUUAGUAGGCAGAAAAGGAUUAUGUUCAGCUGCUGAAUCACUUAUAGCAGCUGCUAAAGCAAAAACAUCUAAAGAAGGAUGAUGAUCUGCAAACUGUAGAGCUUUGUUUUAGUUUAGAUGGGAAGAGCUGUAAGUUAUUUAUGAACCAAAACCACCGACUUAUCCGUAGUUGUACAAUGUACAUUAGUGUUUCUACGCUGAGUGAUUACAUUAGUCGCUCAUCGGCAAUACUGAACUCAAAUAUUUUGCUUUGGCCACAACCUUUUCGUACCAAAACGUUGGAAUAACUAUACGUUAAUGUUUGUUCAAA